AUGAGAGGAAGCUCGCUGCAGCAGAUAGCGCCUUUCCUACUGGUCCUGGGAUGGGCGAGCCCGGUAUGGGGUUGGGACCAUUUCGGGGUGAACAAACCUCAUUUGGCGUAUGCUAUCUUGGGAGGCUUCGUUACCAUUUUCUCGUUGUUGAGUUUGUUCAUUAAGGAAAAGUUAUAUAUCGGUGAAGCCACCGUCGCUACAAUCGUCGGCAUCAUCUUUGGCCCCCAUUGUUUGAACUUGUUCGCCCCCGAAACCUGGGGUAACGUCGACCAAAUUACCCUUGAACUAACCCGCAUCGUCCUCAUCGUCCAAAUCUUCGCCGUCGGCGUCGAGUUGCCUAAGAAAUACAUGAAACGCCAUUGGGUCUCCGUCGCGAUCCUCCUCCUCCCCGUCAUGACCUUCGGCUGGCUCAUCUCGUCACUGUUCAUGUGGGCACUAUUGCCGAAACUGAAUUUUGCGGAGAGUUUGGCGGUUGCGGCUUGUAUCACCGCUACAGACCCGGUCCUCGCGUCCUCCGUCGUUGGAAAGGGAAAGUUUGCGAAACGCGUCCCUGGACAUCUCCGAAAUCUUUUGUCGGCCGAAUCGGGGUGUAAUGACGGGAUGGCGUUCCCGUUUCUCUAUCUCGCGCUUUACAUCAUCCUCGACGAAUACAAAGCCGGCCCCGCGAUCCGUGACUGGAUCCUCCUCACAAUUCUGUAUGAAGUUGUUUUCGGGUGUGCGCUUGGGGCUUUCAUCGGCUAUGUUGGUCGGCAAUCGAUCAAGUAUGCGGAGAACCAUAAUCUCAUUGAUCGUGAGUCGUUUCUCGUGUUCUACUUCGUGUUGUCGAUGUUUUGUGCUGGUGCCGGGACACUACUCGGGACGGAUGAUUUGUUGGUCGCGUUCUCGGCUGGUACGGCGUUUGCUUGGGAUGGGUGGUUUUCCAAGAAGACGGAAGAAUCACACGUUUCGAACGUUAUUGAUUUGUUGCUCAACUUGAGUUUGUUUGUCUACUUUGGCGCGAUAGUUCCUUGGGAGAGCUUCAACGCUCCUGCAUUGGGCGUGACCCCAUGGCGACUGGUCGUCAUCUCGAUUCUUAUUCUGUUGUUCAGGAGGAUCCCGGCGAUCCUGGCGCUUAAGCCGUUUAUCCCAGAUAUCAAGACAUGGCGCGAGGCACUCUUUUGUGGACAUUUUGGACCGAUUGGAGUUGGUGCCAUUUUCAUUUCUAUCCUCGCGAGAGCAGAGUUGGAACAUGGGCAUACUACACCAUUGGCUACACUACCAUCUGAUCCGAAUAGCUCGAACUAUAUCUCCAUUCAGUUGAUUUGGCCGGUGACUUCGUUCAUCGUGUUGGCUUCUAUCAUCGUCCAUGGCUCUUCGAUUGCGGUUUACACACUCGGCACACAUAUCAACACACUCUCUAUCACAAUGACCAUGACGCGGGAUAACACUACGACGGAUAACCCUACAUGGUUGAACCGCUUGCCGAGGAUUGAAGUGGGGCAAAGUGUGAGUUUGGGAAGGGAUGAGGAUGGAAAUGGCAUGAGAUUACGGAGGAAGAAUUCGAGGAGUAGGAGUAGGAGGGGCGUUGGUGGGCGGGUGGAUGAGAGCGCGAUUGGGAGAGGGUUGAAACCGGGGGAUGCGGAGUUGGCUCUGGGUUCAUCGAGGAGCAGCGAAGACCGCCGCGACCGCGACCGCGACGGCGACCGAGACGAAAGCGACGAGACCCUCCGCGGUGGCAGAGACAGAGAAGGUAGAACCGAAGAAGACCGCGAAGAAGAGAUCAACAACGGCAACCAAGUCUUCCGCGAAGGCGCAGACGUUAUCAUCGAGGACGAAAACGGCGAAAUCGUGCACCGCUACUCUGAGGAACAAACUGGUGCACUCCACGAGAAACUCUCUGAUCAUGUUCCGGAUCCUGAGGAACGGAAACAGGCGGUGAGAGAUCCGGGACAUCCGAAGCAUGGGGUGGUACAGAAGAUUUUGGGGAUGUUUAGGAAGGAGGGUGCGAGACAUGGGGUUAGUGUGGAGGAUUUAAGGGCAGUUGUUGUUGAGAGUACGCCUACUACCAGUCGAUCUGUGUCGAGAGCUGAGGAUGUGUGGGAUGAGAAAGAGGAAAAUGAGGAGGAGGAAUAUCGGCAUAGAGGACGUGGGGCACAUAGGCGUGGGAGUGAGACUGAUAGCGACAGUGAGAAGGGUGAGAGCUCAACUGGCGUGAGGAAGAAAAGGAUUCCGAAGGUCGCCAUCUCCGGCCCCUCAGACGCCCGACCCCUCGACGAUACCGUCCACUCGAACAAGGUGGCGCCGAAAUUGGGCUCAGCAGCAACACCCUCUAUCAUCGUCUCCGACCGCCGCAAUUCGAAAGCAACAACCCGCUCCGAAGCCAAAGCCCGCGCCGAUCGCGAGAAAGAAACGCCGGCUGAAGCGCGGAGACGAAUGGAUGUCUUGCGCAACAUGGAGACGGACGAGGUCGUCGAGGAGGAGAAGAGGCUGGCGAGGGAGGCGUUUGAGCGGCGGCAGAAGGAGUUGCAGGCGCAGUUUGGGGAUGAGGAUACUGAGAAAGAGGAGGAUGCUGGCGAAGAGAGUGGCGGGGUUAAUGUGGAGGGGUUGAGGAGUCCUACGCCGAGGAUUAGAUUUGGUGGGGCGACGGUCGAUUCGGGCGAGUUGCCAUCUGGAUUGGGGAGUGGCGGCGAUGUCACAUCCACGGGUCCUAGCCGGAGUCCGGCUAAUGGAAAUGAGAAUGGCAAUGGAGGGAACAAUGACGACAGUAGGAGUACGAGGAUUAGUUUUGAUGAAGGUGCGGCGAAGCGGUUGAGGGAGCAGCAAAGGGGUUCGAGGGGAUGAAAGGGAAGCUUUUGCAUGUUUCGUGUUGAGUGUUGAGUGCAUUACCUUAAUAAUCUUUUAUGUGGACCUUUUUGUGUGAUUUUCUGGCGUUAAGGGAAUAUC